AGAAAGCGGGCGUCACGCUGCCUUCACAUUUUGCAGUAAAAAAAGGAGCGUUACACGUUUAAACAGCAGUUCGGGGCUUCCGAAAGCCUUCAGGAGGCUCCACCCGGGUGUUUUCGGCCGGCAAGCGGACACCAUGCGGCGGCUGGGCUCCGUGCAGCAGAAGGUUCCGUGUGUUUUCCUCACCGACGUGAGAGAGGAAGCGUCCAGAAAGAGAGACUGUCAGCCUUUCCAGGUGAUUGCCACAGAGUGUGUGAACCCCGUGGCUCUGGAGGCCAGCGUGCACUGUGCGCUGGCCACAGAGAAGCUGGACGGCACCUGCUGCUACGUCACGCUCUAUAAAGGACAGCCGCACCUCUGGGCUCGAUUGGACCGGAAACCCAACAAGCAGGCGGAGAAAAGGUUCAAGAAGUACCAGCACGCUCACAAGAGCAGCAAAGGUUUUAUAUGGAAUGUAGAGGAAGACUUUAAAACUGUGCCAGACGCGUGGAUCCCGGCUCACGGAGUCAAACAUCACAACGGACACCCGGUGCCGGACGAGCACGGACAUAUUCCAGGCUGGGUCCCAGUGGAGAAGGACAACAAGCAGUACUGCUGGCACUCCUCCGUGGUGGAGCCGGAGCUCGGGGCAGCUCUGGUUCUCAGGCCGGCGCCGGACGAAGACGACCUGCUGGAACUGGCGGCGCUCCCGAUGGCCGACCUGCAGGAACAGACCCUAGAGCUCAUAGGAACGAACGUCAACGGGAACCCUUACGGCCUGGGGAGUAAGAAGCAGCCUUUCCACUGCCUGGUGCCACACGGGAGCGUCCGGGUCCGGGACCCCCCUCCGGUGGACUUCCGGCAGCUGACCUCCUGGUUCCAGGAGAGCCCGGAGGGCCGGGUGGAGGGGAUCGUCUGGCACUGCAACGACGGGAUGCUGGUGAAGAUCCACCGUCACCACCUGGGCCUGCGCUGGCCGGACGGAGACACCCGCCUGGGCAGCACGCCCGUGGUCGUCCGCCUGGACGGGACGCCCGACGCCUUCAGCGACAGCAAGGACUUGUUGGCAUCCCUCGUGGCGGUGAAGGGACGCCGCUUCAGACGGCUGCAGGACGUUCACCUGGAGCCGUGAAGAGACGAUUCAUACCCCCUUCCCCCCGUCCCCGGACCCCCUCGGCUAUGAUUCCACAUGAGUGACCUGAAACUCAUCCAUCGUCGCACUUUAUUUAUUCCACAUUGUUUAAAACGACCAGCUUCAGUCUUAAAGCAUACUGUAUGCAGAACGAACAAUAAAUAACGGAAACGCUGUUUUUUUUUUUU